CAUAGAAAAGGAAGCUGUAAAACUCCUUUCCAUAGUUACAGUCUGCUUCUCUCUCUCUCUCCCUGUCUCUAUGCUUCUCUAAGUGAGGGCCUAGGGUUUCUUACACGCCCAAAUUCUAGGUUCUGAACGAUUGCUGCAGCGCAUUUCAACCAUUGGAGGAACUGAAGCGUUUCCUUUUUUUAAAAUCUAAAACAGAAAGGGCCUUUUUUUGUUCUAGCUACAAGAGAAAAACCCUAGCUUUCAUGGCCAAAACUAGACCAGGGAUCGCAACCAAGACCAAACUUGGCAAAAGAGACCUUGAGUCUUACACUAUCAGAGGCACCAACAAGAUUGUUAGAGUUGGGGAUUGUGUGUUGAUGCGACCAUCGGACACCGGUAAGCCUCCUUAUGUGGCAAGAAUAGAGAAGAUCGAAUCUGAUGCUCGAAACAAUGUCAAGGUUCAUGUUCGGUGGUACUAUCGCCCUGAGGAAUCGCUUGGAGGAAGGAGACAAUUCCAUGGAGCGAAGGAGCUCUUUUUGUCAGAUCACUACGACAUGCAGAGCGCUCACACGAUUGAAGGGAAGUGCAUUGUUCAUUCUUUCAAGAACUAUACUAAGCUUGAGAACGUUGGUGCAGAAGAUUACUACUGUAGAUUUGAGUAUAAGGCUGCUACAGGGGGUUUUACACCAGAUCGAGUUGCUGUGUAUUGCAAAUGCGAGAUGCCGUAUAACCCAGAUGAUCUUAUGGUACAAUGUGAGGGGUGCAAGGACUGGUAUCAUCCUGCUUGUGUGGGCAUGACUAUUGAAGAAGCAAAAAAGCUUGAUCGCUUUCUUUGUUCUGAAUGUUCAUCUGAUGAUGAGGUCAAAAGAUCCCAAAAUGGAUUUGCUUCAUCACCAACUGAUGAUGUCAAGGUGGAGCCCAAGCGGCGAAAGAGAUGAUUACAUUUUGGGGGCAUUGGGGUGCAUGAAGGAAGGUUGGUCAUCUUUCCGUUGUUAACUUGUAGAAUGUCAUGUGAGCUGUAUAGUCCAUAAAGCUAUGUUGUGCUCUGGUCAGACUGGAGCCUGUUAGUAAUAUGUUUAUUUUAAGACAAUGUGUACUUACUCUAGGUUUAGGAGAUUUGUCUCUUUUUUCAAGCUGUCCUGGAAAUGUCAAAUGUAGUUUUCUCACAAUUAAGAUCUUAAUCCAGGAAUUCAAGCAACAAUAUUUGGUUGUGAA